CUACAAAAGGAGCACUUAGAUACAUGUGACGUUGCUCUAUAAAGGCUUAUCUAACGCGGCUUCAGGCUGUGAGCAGGCGGCCUAAUAAUGCGGAGGCACGCGAGAACCGCGGGAGCGUGCUCGGUCGCGUGCCGUCCACGACCGACGACCGACGACCGACGACCGACAUCGACGAUCCGCCAGUCGCGCGCCGACUAUUCCACGCGACAGACGUACGCCAGCGCUUCGCUGAAAAAAAAACAAACGAAAAAAGAACUAAGUGAAAAUUCAGCCAGUGAUUUGAUGCAGUGACUUGGAUUCGAGUGUGCAAUUUUAACACUAUGGUGACGGGUAUAGCCGGCGGGCCGCAGCAGGGCGCCUCCAAUCCGGUGGUGGUCGGCGGAAACAUGAGCUCGCCUGGGCAGACGGAGCAAAAGAAGUCCAGCGAUAACAGAAGAAGCAACAAACCGAUUAUGGAGAAACGAAGAAGAGCGCGAAUCAACAACUGCCUCAACGAACUGAAGGCGCUCAUACUAGACGCCAUGAAGAAAGACCCGGCUAGACAUUCGAAGCUGGAGAAGGCAGACAUUCUGGAGAUGACGGUGAAGCAUUUGGAAGGUCUUCGGUCAGAGGGGGCAGGGUCUCCAGAUCGGUUCCGAGCUGGCUAUAGGCACUGCCUCACGGAGGUGGCUAAAUACCCUGGGUUGGAAUCUGGCCUGAAGAGAAGACUCGUGAAGCAUUUGGAGAGCUGCGUUGGCAACCCUAGCACGAGGCCGGCCGGAGCCCCCACUCCGCCCUCCGACCCUGAAGACAAUGCCGUUCCUGCUCAGCAUUCAACUAUUUUUAUUUCGGCCGGUCCUGGGUCAGGCGUCCGAUUGGUGCCAACGAGGUUAUCAAACGGCGACAUUGCCCUGGUCCUUCCAGCUGGAGUCAACGCCGGCACUCUGGGCGCUGUGCCGACACUGGUGCCUCUGUCUCCAAGAGACGCAUCCUCUUCAUCAGCAUCGUCAGAACCGAGAUGCUUUUCACCAGCAAGUUCAGGGUGGGGGAGUCCGCCGCCGUCUGUAGACGAACCAGCCCCAUUAGCCUUGGUUACCAGGCGACAACCACCAGAAGACAAGCCAUGGCGGCCGUGGUGACACUACCUCUGUUUGAGAUAUGCCUAUGUCGUUUAUAGUUAGAUUUUCGGUUUGGGGGUCUUUAAACCACGUUUCUAGUGAGCGCAAGAACAUCACGUACAGAUUUAAAACGUUCUUGCUAGUACAAAUAUAAAACAACCCUCCAUCCCUAGGUUGCAUUCUGUGAUAUAAUUUUAAUGCUAGAUGUAAGGUUAUCUUUUUAAAGGUGUGAUUGGAGUUGUAUAUCGGAAUGUUCCCGUAAUAAUUGCAAUUAGAGAUAAUUUUAGUUGACCGUAAACUGCUACAUGUAAUGUUGUAUAAACCAUGAAGAGUGGCAUAUUUAUUACAACUCUUACGGCUGAUAUGUGAUUAUAUGAAAAAGCUUUGAAGUUCCUAGUAUGAAUGUAAAUCGAGAUUUAAAUAUUUAUGUAGGUACCANGCCACUAAUGUGUGUGGUAUCUAAUUUGGUCAGUAUAUAUUUUGUGUGAUAUCUAUUUGUUUAAGAGUAAGUAAACAAAUUAAACAAUAUUGAAAUGAUUAAUAAAGCAAGGCCAUUUAAUAUGUUAUUAAAUGUAUAUUAAUGUUAGUUAUGAACUAGGAUAUUUUUGUAAAUACAAGGAUGACAUCUGAGGCAGUAUUUCAUUUAUGUACGUAAAAGGACUAUGUCCGAAUUAUUUUAUAAAAUUAAGUAAAUAAAUACUUAACAAAUAAUAGUUUAUUUAGUUCAUUCCUUUUAUUUAGGACUUAGUGCCAUGUAUUUAGUAUACAUUUUAUUGCUUAAAGUUUUUUUGUUUACAACAAGGACUAGAGUAAGCAAAAGGUACAUAAAUAAAUGCAUUGAGUGCGUUUUAAUUAUUUUUGCUAAGUAAUAAAGAUUAACAUAGAAUGAAUUCUAUGUGCCUUAUACAGCAAAAUCGUAAGGUCUUCCAUAGAUUAUGUUUUAUUUAGAGUAGUGUUAUAUGGAUUUUAUUUUAUCGCUAAAAGUAUAACAUUAAAUUGCUCAAUACUAUAAUAGUUUGUUACCGAAAUACCAGUAGUAGUCAUAUCGUCUUCCUUUCUCAGUUACCGUUCUUAACUGUAAUUUUAUUAAAGGUAUAAUAUUUUUAACAAUAUUUUUACUAAAGGUACAAUUUUCUGUAUAAUGUAGUUACAUGUCAUGUUAAAUUGUGAAACAGGCUUUCAUAAUUUAUAUUUUGGUGAGUCGGUGUAGAGUUAUUUUCGUAUCUUAUUUUCUCAUUAGUGUCGUGUUGUACGAAAUAUGUUAAUUUUAAUUAUUACACUUUAUGAUUGUAAUAAAAUAUUAUUCGUUCUCUCUGUGUACUGAGAGAAGUACCGUGAUAUUAAAUAAUUAUAAUAUUAGAUAGAAUAAG